AUGUCUGAUUACCUGCCCCGUGGGCAGGUGGCGUAUGUGUGCAUUUGGUGCAAGGAGCUCCUGGCCCUCAGAGACCGCGUCCGGGCUUUGGAGGCCAGGGGGGCGGAACUGGAGGAGCUAAAGGAGGCAGAGAGGUAUGUUGAUGAGGCUUUCCGGGACACUAGAUUUGUCCCACUUCCGGCGCCCGUGCUGCCGACCGGCGCCCGCUGGGAAAUGAAGUGGAUGGUGAUCGUCGCCUUGGUCCUGCCGGCCUGGUCCUCCCCCUGCAGCAGCACGGCUGGGCGCAAUGGAGAGGAGGGCCUCUGCCACGUCCAGCAUGGUGCGCUCGGCACCGACCUGCUUCUACGCUGCGACUCUGCCGGCGGGAGGGUGGAAUGGAGAGUGAAUGGCACCAAGGUGGCCGCCUCCGAGGCCGCAGCGGGAGGAGACAAGGACCAGCUCUUGCUGCAGAACGUCAGCCCGGCCCAGGAGGGGGAAUACAGCUGCCACCACCCCGGCACUGGGAAGACCCUGCGCAGGAUUCGGCUGCGGGUGGGCUCGCCCCCCGAGAAGCCUGCCGUUGACUGCUGGGCUGUCAGUUACCCCCAGACCGUCAACUGUACUUGGAAGCUGGCGUCUGAACCGCGCCUGGAGACGUAUUUCAUCACCACGUACAGGCACGGCAUGGGGGCCAAGGAGAACGAGUGUGUCCAGCCAGGGGCCGGGGCCAGCAGCUGCUCCAUCAGCGACAUCCAGAUGUUUUCCAUCACCCCCUACGUGCUGAACGUGACGGCCGUGAACCCGCUGGGCGCGACGAUGAACCUCUUCCCCUUCAUCGUGGAGCAGAUCAUCCGGCCAGAUCCCCCGGAAGACCUGAGGGUCUCCCCCAUCCCUGGGGAGAGCAAGAAGCUGCUCCUGGAGUGGCAGCCGCCCAGUUCCUGGCCCUUCCCGCAGUACUUCCCACUCAAGUACCUCAUCCGCUACACGAGGGAGGGAGCCAACAGCAACCGAACGAUCGGGCCGUACGAGCUGACCUCCUUCAUCCUGACUGGGAUCCGCCCCAGAGCCGUUUACCACGUGCAAGUGGCAGCCAAGGACUUCACGGACUACGGUGACUACAGCACCUGGAGCCCGCUGGUAUCUGGCACUCCCUGGACGCAGCCGUGA